AUGUAGACAAGGAAUGACUUAUUCCGGUGGAGAAGAGUCAAAAAUGUGGUCACGUGGAAAAACAAAUUUUCAAAAUCCGACCUCUUUGAUCAGAGUUAAGAUUUGAUAAACCAUUAAUGUUGCUUUAAUACUAUAGUUUGACACCUAAUUUGAUUCCGAAUUACUUAGAUCACAUCAUCAACCAUGUCUACCGUGAAGGAUAAGAUAAAUAGUUUGGGUCCAAAUGAGAAAUUCAUUUCAUUUGAAUUUUUCCCACCAAAGACAGAUUCUGGGUUUAGAAAUUUAUUAGCAAGAUUGAAUCGUAUGCUGGCGUUAAACCCAUUGUUCGUAACAGUAACUUGGGGUGCUGGUGGUUCAACUAGUGAAAAAUCUCUUGAUUUAGCAGGUACUUUUCAAAAUGAUUUGGGUUUAACCACCGUUUUACAUUUAACUUGUACAAAUACUAAUAAAGAAAUCAUUGAUAAUGCAUUGAAGAAAGCUAAAGAAAAUGGAAUUAGAAAUAUUUUGGCUUUAAGAGGUGAUCCUCCAAGAGCAGAGGAAUAUUGGACUCCUAACUGUGACUUCAAUGCUGCUAUUGAUUUAGUUAAAUAUAUUAAACAAGAGUAUGGAGAUUACUUUUGUAUUGGGGUAGCUGGAUAUCCAGAAGGUCAUGUUGAUGGAUCUGAUGGUGCUUUACAAGAUCCUAAGAAGGAUAUUCCUUAUUUAAUUGAAAAAGUAGAAGCAGGUGCAGAUUUCAUCAUAACUCAAUUGUUUUAUGAUGCCGAUAAAUUUAUCAAAUACGAAAAGUUAUUAUCAACUUAUCCUCAAUUAAAAGAUAUUACUUUAAUACCUGGUUUAAUGCCAAUUACAACUUAUAAAGUAUUCACAAGAGCUAGUAAGCUUUCACAUGCCUCAAUUCCAGAUGAUAUUCUUACAAAACUUCAAAGUUCGAUUAAUGAUGAUGAUGCUGUUAAAAGUUUAGGUGUAGAUAUUUUAACUGACAUUAUCAGUAAUAUAAAUACUGAAACUCAAGGUCGUAUAAGAGGAUAUCAUUUCUACAGUUUGAAUUUAGAAAAGGCAGUUGCUUCCAUCCUUGAUAAAUCUGAUAUUUUACGUCCUGUUAUUCAAAGUUCAGGUGAAGCCAAUGAUGAAGGUAAUGAUGCUAUAGUUUCUGAUUCAGAUGAAGAAGAGAGAGUAAUUCCACAAAUUAAUAAGAGAAGAAGAUCUUCAAUUAUGAAUGAAAAUGGUUUAGCUGAUACCAAUUCUGCUCAAAAAGCACUUGCAGGAAAAGCCCUUCUUAACGACAAAAAAGUAUUAUUGGAUAUAAGUACUGGUAAAGGUGCUCUCGGUAAAGAUGCUACUUGGGAUGAUUUCCCUAAUGGUAGGUUUGGUGAUUCUAAUUCUCCUGCUUAUGGUGAAAUCGAUGGGUAUGGACCAAAUUUAAAGAUUCAUUCUCAUGAAGAAGCUUCUAUUAAAUGGGGUACACCAGAAACUAUCAAGGAACUUUCAAAAGUGUUUGUUGAUUAUUUAUCAGGAAGAAUCGAUGUCUUACCUUGGGCUGAUAAUGCCUUAUCUCCAGAGACUGCUUUAAUUCAAGAAGAAUUAUUCGAAUUAAAUGGAAAGGGUUGGUUCUCACUGGCUUCACAACCUGCUGUCAAUGGCUGUAAAUCAUCCGAUAAUAUAUUUGGUUGGGGUCCAGGCAAUGGUGUGAUAUAUCAAAAAGCAUUUGUUGAACUUUUCAUUCCAAGAGAACAAUGGGAAACAGAAUUAUAUCCUAGAUUAAAGAAACAAUUUGAUGAAAAAGCCAUAACUUAUUAUCAAGGUGAUUCUCAAGGAAAUAUUACAUCUAAUUUAAGUAUAGAACAUAACACUAAGAAUGCUAUUACAUGGGGGGUUUUCCCUCAAAAGGAGGUUUUGCAACCAACAAUUAUAGAUUAUGAAUCAUUCAAAGCUUGGAAUGAAGAAGCAUUCCAUUUAUGGUUAGAAUGGGCUAGAUGUUAUAAGAAGAAUUCCAAAUCAUAUGAUUUGUUAAAUAAUAUUUAUCAAAACUACGUAUUGGUCAGUUUUGUACAUCAUAAUUUUACUGAUGAAUAUGCACUUUGGAAUGUUUUAUUAGAUGAAUAACCAUCGGCACGAUGGAAACUUUAAAUUAAAAAUUUCCAUCGUUUUAUAUACAUUAAUAUAUAUUUCAACCAUAAUAAAAUAUUUUAAGACGUUAGCCCUUCUGUGAGAAUUUCAAUAUACCUUUGAACAAUACCUGUAUUCAAAUUGUCUGUCAACUCUUUAUCUUGAUCUAUUAGACCUAAAUAUUGGCAAAAACUAUUAUCAAGAUAUAUAACCCCAUUGAUAACUUUAGCACCAGGUUUCACACGUAGUCUUCCACCAAGUUUAAUCUUAAGAGGUGUAAACGUUUCUUCUCUUGAUUCCCUAAUGAAUCUGAGUGGAUCAUUAUAUUCAUACGCGUAGCAGUAAUUAUUUGAAAAAUCUCGAAGUAAUAAUUUAUAUACUUCAGGUUGAUAAACAGAACUG